AUGUUGUGUUUUUUUGUUUUUUUUUGUUUUUGGUUUUUUUUUUUUUUUUUAUCCAUUUUAAAGCCCGCUAGACAUCAUACCAUCAGAAAAUAUAUUGAUCUGUGGAAUGCUCCUGAUGUUUGUCUUGAACAAGACACCAAAAUUGCAUUUUUUUUUUUUUUUUCUCACAGGUUUAGCACUUCAAGACAGACUCUUACCUGGGCUUCUGACACAUUCUUCUCCAGCUUGCUGAGUGGUCGAAUCUCCUCCUUAAAGGAUGAAACUGGAGCAAUUUUCAUUGAUAGAGACCCUACUGUGUUUGCUCCCAUACUGAACUUUCUGCGCACCAAAGAGCUUGAUACCAGAGGUGUGAACAGCUCUCUUCUGUUACAUGAGGCUGAGUUUUAUGGCAUUACCCCACUAGUGAGACGCUUACAGCUGUGUGAGGAGUUGGAACGCUCUUCAUGUGGCAGCGUGCUGUUUAAUGGAUACCUCCCACCCCCUGUGUUUCCAGCUAAGAGGAGGAACCGUCACAGUGUUUCUGGGCUGCAGGUCAGCUCUAGAGGUGGAGGAAGUGAGCGGGCUCCUGUACGAAGGAGUAACACAAUGCCCCCCAACUUGGGGGGUGCUGGUAUCCUGGGACGCUUGUUAGAAGAACGGAAUUAUGGGAAUAUUGGAGAAACACCCAGUGACCCUGGGAUGGUGAGGAUCAUCUGCGGACAUCAUAACUGGAUUGCAGUGGCUUUUGCUCAAUUCAUUGUCUGUUACAGAAUGAAGGAAACCUCUGGCUGGCAGCUGAUUUUCACAAGCCCGUGUCUCGACUGGGUGAUUGAACGGGUGGCCCUUAAUGCCAAGACUGUUGGAGGAUCACUGGGUGACCAUGACAAGAUGCUUGCUGUCUCCUCCUGCAGUGAGAUUAUUCUGUGGGCCAUCUCAGGUGAUGGCACAGGGAGUGAAAUAGGAGUCUUUAGCCUUGGAGUGCCAGCCGAAGCUUUGUUUUUUGUGGGCAAUCAGUUAAUAGCCACAAGCCACACUGGAAAAAUUGGUGUGUGGAAUGCUGUUACCAAACACUGGCAGAUUCAAGAUGUAGUUCCGAUCAACAGUUAUGACACAGCUGGCUCCUUCCUGCUGCUGGGCUGUAACAAUGGAUCCAUCUACUAUGUAGAUGUCCAGAAAUUUCCUCUGCGCAUGAAGGACAAUGACUUGCUUGUUACAGAGCUUUACCGUGAUCCAUCUGAAGAUGCUAUCACUGCACUUAGUGUCUACCUCACUCCCAAAACCAGUGACAGUGGUAACUGGAUCGAGAUAGCCUAUGGAACAAGUUCUGGUAUUGUAAGGGUUAUUGUUCAGCAUCCAGAGACUGUUGGGUCUGGUCCUCAGCUUUUCCAGACAUUCACUGUUCACCGUAGCCCUGUGACCAAAAUAAUGCUGUCAGAAAGACACCUGAUCUCAGUAUGCGCAGAUAACAACCAUGUGCGUACCUGGACUGUCACUCGCUUCCGUGGUAUGAUCUCCACCCAGCCUGGAUCCACUCCUUUAGCAUCAUUUAAAAUACUUGCUCUAGAAGAUAUUGAUGGACAUGCUGGCUGCAGUGCUGGGAAUGAUAUUGGCCCCUUUGGGGAGAGAGAUGAUCAACAAGUCUUCAUCCAGAGAGUGGUUCCCGAUUCUAACAUUGUCUAUGUCCGCUUAUCUUCUACUGGGAAGAGGAUUUGUGAGGUCCGCUCUGUGGAUGGAACCCCCAUUACCUCAUUUACCGUUCAUGAGUGUGACGGAUCCAGCCGUAUAGGCUCCCGUCCACGGCGCUACCUCUUCACUGGCCAUGCCAGUGGCUGUCUUCAAAUGUGGGAUCUGACUACUGCUAUGGAGGUGGCAAACAAAGGGGAGUUGGGGAGGUGA